GGAGCGGAGUGCAUUGGCGCCAAGCACCGGUGGCGGGUCCAGCGGGAGGCGGCGCGGAGGUUUGUCAAGAACUGUUCCAGUAAUGUUAUGGAGAAGAAAAUGGCAUGCAAACCUGUGAAAAGACCGACUUUCUUUGAAAUAUUUAAGGCACAUUGCAGUGAAUCAGACUUAGGGCCUAUCAGUCUCAACUGGUUUGAAGAACUCAGCGCAGAAGCACCCUCACAUGAACCUAAAUUCUUAGGAGAACUUGAUGGUACCAUUGACUGGCCUGAUCAAACAUUUAAAACUCCGAGGGCAAAACCCUCCGCAUACACUCAGCUGGCAUCAACUCCACGGAUUUUUAAAGAAGAAAAUAUGAUAUUGCCACUUUAUUCUUCUCCUGGAAAAGAAUCAGAUCAGAAAAAAAAAGCAAGCAGAGAGAAUUCGAUGAGCCCAAGUAUCACAAGAAGAAAAAUAAAUCAAGGAAAUGAAAUACUUGCUUCUCCUCCUGGUACCUACCACAACUGCCUUGCUGCUAGUCCAGCUAUUUUAAGGAAUACUUGCAAAACACCCCAGAGAAGUAAUAUUCUUGGACCAUAUGGAAGCUUGUUUCGCACACCAAAACUUUUGGAGGCUGGAACUCCAAAACGUAUUUCUGAAAGUCUGGGAGCAGAAGUGGAUCCAGAUAUGUCCUGGUCAAGUUCUUUAGCCACACCUCCUACACUUGGCGCCACAGUGAUAAUAGCUGGAGAAAAUGAUUCUAUUUCUGGAGCAAAGCUACAAGAUGAAAGAGCUGAGAUAGUUUUGCACAACUUUUACUCCAGCCAUGAUAAAUGUCCCGGGAGAAGUGAUACAAGCAUGCUGUCCUUACCAGAGAUAGAGAAGCUAAACGCUGAAGACGACAUAAAAGAUUUUGAGUCAGAGAUGUUAGAUGGUUUCUUUGAUGGGAUGAAUAGCUUUGAGGACACAUUCAGCAUGCCUGCUAAGUCCGAUGGAACACUUCUGCUGGUGCCACAUCCUGUGGAGGCAGUAGAGAAAUGUGAAGUAAACUCAGAAAAAGCAGAGGGGAAGAAGGAUGAUCCUUCUGGGCAGCCUAUUGGAAGGAAGACUGGCAUUUCACAGGAAGCGGAAACAACUAGCUGGACUGAAAAAAACCACUGUAUUGAAAUGAAGGAUUCUUUACUCCAAAACACAGAUGAAGGUACAGGGGAUGGUAAAGAUGGAUGUUUCGUAGGGCACAAAAAAGAAUUGGAGUCACUUAGGAUCGCAGGAGAUGUGCAAGAUUAUAGAACAGACAGGUCCUCUGAGAAUGAGAAGCCUUUGAAAGAAGACGUGCCGUCUUCAUCAGGCCAGUGGUCUCAACUGAACUUAUCCAGUCUUGAUGUAACUCGCUUAGAAGUGUCUAUAUGUAGCUCUCCACCCUCUGACUUAAGUAGAGAGAAAAAUUUAGAAGAGAAGUCAGUUCUAAAGAUCAAAGAUGAUGCUGUGGAAACAUCUUUACUGAAUAGUUCAGAUUUGGCAAAAGCACAAAAACUGUUGAAUGUCAGUUGGUCAGAAAAGUGCUGUGAAGUGAAAAAUCCCCAAAACAACCCAGCAUCGGAAAAAACUCCUUUGAAAUCUGUCUCUCUGAGUUUUCAAGAUCCAAAGUUCAUAAAAGGAUGUGCAGCUGAGGUUCCUGAAAUGAGCUUCUUAAACUGUAAUUCUUUUUUGAUUGAAAGUACAAAUGUCACGGAAUAUUCUGUAGUUUACAAUGGCAGCUUUUCCAAGCAUAUAAAAGCGACUUCUAAAUCCGUCGUAACUGAUGUUCUGUCUCACACGCUUGUAUGUAAUGCUACAUCUCCAGAUAAUUGUAAUGACCUACAUUUAACAAAUAGUGCAAAUACUCUUACAAAGCCUGGCUUUAAAAGCCUGAAUAUGUUAUCCAGCUUGAGAAAGAGAUCCAAGAGAUUUAUUUAUACAAUAAAUAAUACUUUAUUGUAUCAAGAAGAAAAAAUACAGAAAGAAGUAACCUCUCAGUUUCCUGUUCAUCCUGUUUUAUCGCAUUCAGAAUCUGAUUUGUGUGAAUUUAAAGAUUGUCACGUGGCCAGUGUUGAUGAGCAAGGCUGCUUGCUUCUUGCUGAGAGAAAGCAUUUGCCAUCAACUAUCAAGGGAAAUAAUUUCAGCAGUUGUACUUCAAAAAUGGAUAUAAUGGAUAACUCAUCUGAUAAUACGUUCAACAAUAGACUGAAGCAAGAGGACCUGAGAGUCUUGAGGGAAAAUGCAAGAGAGGAUCAACCUGCUACAUCAUUAAAAUGCCUUGAGGUAUCCAAUAUGCAGAAAGAAGACACAACAGAUUCUUUAAAUAGUGAAAUAAUUUCAAAUAUAAAACAUAAAGUUCUAACUUCGGCACACCUAAUGGCAAGAAAGCAUUCCAGAUUGCUCCCUGAAGGCUGUUGCUUAGAGGAAGGCAAGGAAGAGAAGUACAUUAGUACCGAUGAGAACAAUGUAUCUACUGUACCUCAGAAACUGAGAGAACUUGUGUGGUCUUCUUCUAAGGAUAAUGAACACUUGGUUGAUAUGCACGAUGACACAACGUCUGUGAUAAAUGGUGGAUUCAAUAGUACUUUGGGUCAGAUCAACUUUGGCAUAAAUGGAGUCAGUAGUGAUUGUUGCAAUAUGAUAACCAAUAAGAGGCAUGCUACAGAUGAGCAGUCAGUAGUGGACUGCAGAGAAGUACUUAGACCUUUGGGAACAAACUGCUUAGAAAAUUACAGUACUAGAUUAAAACAAGGGGAGAAAACUGCCUUUUCAGAAGUUGUAGCCAAGAACGAAGAGCUAAAGUCGAUUAAAAAUACUGAAAGCCCUCAAGCAGCUGCUUUCAAUAAUGUGGAGAUUGCUAAGGAAUGGUUACAUUGUGUAGGUGAUAAAUCUUUAAAUGAAGUGAUCUCUGAAGAAGAUAAACAAGUAGCACCUAUGUAUUCCAGUGAAGAGGCAAAUGAGAACCUAAAGUAUAAAGGGAAAUCAUCAGGAAAUCUUACUGCGUGCAGUUUGAAUCUGGGCUUUGGUGGCUUUCAGACUGCUUCCAAUAAGCAGAUUAAAUUCUCUGAAGUCAGUCUAGCAAAGGGCAAAAUGCUGUUCAAAGAUAUUGAAAAUGAAUGCUUUGAAGCCUCUUCCGUGGAGAGAGUCCGAAACUUUUCAGAUCGAGUUAGAAAGGAGAAUACAUUUUUCUCUGAUUCAGAAAGCAAGUUGAGCAGGAACUUAGCCGAUUCUUUAGAUAUGCAGACAAGUCUUCUUGAGCCCAGGCAUACACGGUCUAUUCCACAUAAAGUUGACUUGUGUAAAAGCUUUCCUAGAAGUCAACAAUCCUUGCAAGAAACAAAUCAAACUUUGACAGCAAGUCAAGAAGCUGAAAUUGCUGAGUUAUCCAGUAUCUUGGAAGAAACAGGUAGUCAGUUUGAGUUUACACAGUUUAGAAAGCAAAGCAACAUUGUACAAAGUCAGGUCUUCCGACAGUUUCGAACUGUAGAAACACAUGGAACAACAAAUGUGGAAAAUAUUUCUGAAACAAGGAACGAUGCUGAUUUCUGUAGCGACUUGAAAUGUGAAAAUCAAGUGAAAAAUGACAGGUAUUGUACCAAGAAGGAAGACACGAUUGAAGACUCUAAAGUGGUAGAAUAUGAAAAAGAAAACACAGUGAUUUUCCAUAAAAAUGACAAGAAGGUUACUUUUGCUAACUUAGACAGAAAUGAAAGUAGAGUAUCUCAUGGGAGCUUUCCAGGAGCUACACAGGACAGGUUUUCUGGUUUUGUAGGCUUUACUUCAGCUGGAGGGAAAAAAAUAAAUAUUUCUAAAGAGGCUUUGGCCAGAUCUACAGAGCUCUUCAAGGACUUGGAUGAUGAUAACUAUUUGUUUAAAUCUCAAACUAGUACUAGAUGUCACAUUUCAAAUAGCCAUAUAUCUUCUAACUGUGGUUUUGUGGGAUGCCUGACAACAGAAAACAAAGGAAAACCAAUUUUUACUUCAGAUUUCAAAAGUACAGGUGCCAUUUCCCGCACAGGUUCCAUUUCCCACCACACACAGAGAAAAGAUGAAGUAAAUAACCUUUCAUUCAGGGAAGAUAUGGAAAAUCAAAUUAAAAGAUCAAUAAACGAUAAUGGAAAUGUUCAUUUCAAUAGUAUUGACACCGUCUUCAACAGUCUGUCAUUCAUUAAAAAACAUAACCAGCAUCACAGAACUUCCAUACAGUUUUUUAAUAAAGGUGAUUGUGAAGUUGAAGGUACUUUGCAGGAAGACCCACUAGAUGUAACAUGUCUAGGAGGCGCUAUUACAACUGCAGAACAUAGUUUAAGCUUAUCAGAUGAAAUGGAAGACCUGUCUGCUAAUCAGAAAGGAGAAGACAGAAAGGAAAAUGAAUGCUUGUCACAAGAACUUCAAACUCCAGCUGGUGGCGAUAUAUCCGUUUCUGAUGCUGCUUUGGAUCAUUCUCUACGAUUGCUCGGUGUACAAUGUGGAGAAGGAGACAUAAAUGUUUUGGAGAACUCUGAUAAACAGAAGAUAAAUCAUAACAAUAUGGAAGAAGACACCACCCGUGAUGAGAACCUGUUAGUGAAUGAAUGCAGAAAACAAAUAUGUUCUUAUCAUCAUCAUCAAAUACAUUCCAAGCAAGAGCUCGUUGUUGGAAAAAAGGAAGAGAAAGGGAGUUAUCUGACUGGUUUUCAAACUGCUAGUGGCAAGAAAAUAACAGUUGCUGAUGGACUUAUGGCUAAAGCUGAGCAGUUUUUUUCAGAAAAUGUUGAUGCAGGAAAGGAACACAAUGACAAUUUUGGGAACCCUGUAAAGAAAAAGAAAUUUGUUAAAAGCUCUGUCAAAGACUCUGAUUCGUGCAUUGAAAACAUUGCUCAGUGUGAUCCAGAAGAACUUCAUUUUAAUAGAAAGCUUGUUGAAGAACGUGGGGAUCAAUUUCAGCAGACAGUAAAGAGCAGUCCCAUUAAACACACACUGAUUCUUGAUAGUGUUGAAGUAGAUACAUUUGUUAAUUUAGGUGAUGAUGUUGAAAGGAGUUUGGUAACUUCAUACGCACAUAAAAAAGCUGAUGUCAGACCUGGAAAGUCAGAAUUGGAAUCCUUUUCCAGGCAGGAGAGCAAUGAUUUAAGUAAAGCUUGCUUGUCUGAAGAUGCUGAAUGCUUUGCAGAGAGAGAGAUGCAAUACUCUCUCUCUCAAACCAAGGAUGAAUUAGAAAACAUGCAUGAUUUUCCUGUGCAUUCUGCUACAUCUCUGCAUUUAUUGAAGGUGUCAAAUGACCUGGAAGAUAAUUCUGUGCCUGGAGAUGCAAAAAAUACUUUAUUUGUUGAGGACGGUAACAAUAAAUCUAAUCAAUCCCUCAUUUUGACUUCAAAAAGUAGCUCUUCUCUGAACUGUGACACUAAGGACUUUGUCUUAGAGCAUCUCACUGAACCUUGUGCUGAUACGAACUGCUUCACAGAUACCAUAGUUAAUGCUUGCCAAAACCGGUCACUAGCUGGUCUUCCUGAAGAUGAAACUGAUUUAACUACCUUAAAAGAAACAGCACUUAAUGUUGAAAAUAAAAACGAUGACAUGAAAAAAAUUGUGUUUAGUACAGCAAAAGGUAAAGCAGUUUCUGUUUCAGAAAGUGCAUUAGCAAGAGUCAGACAAAUGUUUCAAGAUGACUAUGGUGAAGCUGUAAAAGGUGAAAUUGAGGCUAACUCAAGAACUAAUCAAACUGAAAUUGCUGGAAAUUCAUCUCCCAUCAUUCAUGCUGAAAGUCCUAAAUGCACUAAGGACUUAAUUGCUGCAAGAAGUGAAGAGAUUAAUUCAGCCACAUCCCAUUUUAUUAAAGUAAAUGCAAGUGCUGGUGAAAAUGGUCACCAAGGUGCAAACACAUUUGUAGAUGCAAAAUCUGUUCCAAAUUCUGAAAGGGGCUGCUUUGAUAAGAACAUUAAGCUUUUAGAGCACUUGCCUGUUCCAGAGAAGCAGAUAAAGCAGUCAGACUGUUCUGUAAGCAAUCUUGGAUUUUUUAGUACAGCAAGUGGUAAGCCUGUACAGCUGUCAGAGGAGUCACUCAGGAAAGCUAGACAGCUUUUUUCUGAAAUAGAAAGUGAUAAUUCAUCACAAGUACAAGAAGCAUUUUUAGCUGAAGAAGUUGCUGAAAAGUCUGAAAUGCACACUCAAAUAGUGCCUGGGAAAAUACAGACAGCGUUAGCAAGAGGGGAAGAAAAUACCAGCACUGAAUUUAUUUCAGAUCCUGCUUUUGGGUUCAGCACUGCAAGUGGAAAACAGGUAAAAGUCUCUAAAAAUGCCUAUGAAAAAGCCAAGGCAAUUUUAAAAGAACCUGAUGACUUUUUCAGCAGUGGCCUUUGCAUUACAGAUCAACUUAGUUCAAUUGAAGAAAGUGGUCAACAUGUAAAAUCUUUAACUGAUAAAGUGAUCUCGGAAUCCAAAAUUGAUAAAAGCUGCAAUGAAGACUUUAACUUAAAAAGCAUCUGCCCUGAAGAAAUGAAGUCUUUUCCAAGCACUCACCAUAUCAAAAUGCCUGAGUACAUACCACAUAGUAAGAAAAACAAGCAGUUAACAUCAUUUAAAAAUAGCUUUCAGCAAGAGGAGAGUAGGUCUUUUGAAAAAGGGCAGCUGAAUCUGGGGGUGAAAACAGAGUCUGAAGCAAUUCCAUGCGUUGCUGCUGCUAAAGCAGAAAUUAAUAUUAAUCUUCUGCAAACUCCAAAAAGUUACUUGGAAGUGGAGGCUGUGGAAAGUGCAAGAGCUUUUAUGGAAGAUGAUCUUUCUGACUCUGGAGUAGAAAUUAAUGCUGCACAGUCCUUCAGUGACAGACUGGAUAGAAACUUUCAAAGUAAGACCUUUGGGAAGAGGCGCUUGGAAGAAAAAAACUCAUGUGGGGAACCUCCAAUUAAAAGACAGCUACUGCUUGAAUUUAACAGAACAAAGACUUUCCCCAGAUCUUUGAAAGCUUCAAAAACCACCCCUGAUGGCAUUUCCAAAGACAGAAGAAAAUUUAUGUACCAUGUGCCAUUAAAACCUGUAACUUGUCAACCUUUUGGGGAUACUAAAGAACGACAAGAAGUCAAGAAUCCUACCCUUACUCUACCAGAUCAAGACCUCAAAGGAUUCAAAUCUAAACCUGCCAUUUUUCAGCACUGUACACUGAGGCAGUCUUCAAGCAGUACUUCAGAGGCUUCUACUCCAUCUAAGGCCUCAGCAAAGGAGAGCGAAGAACCAAAGAGUUUGUACAAAUCUGGCAAAACUGUUAAAAGUUUUGUUCCACCCUUCAAAACCAAGCAGACAUUUUCUGAAGGUGAACAAGGCAGCAGCAAAAGAUGUGACUCACCAAUCAGCAAAAAUGUAACUGAAGAGACAGAAUUAAAUCAGAUCACAGCUGAAGAAAAUACUGCAGAACCUCAGGAUCACCAGUCUUGCAUCCAGCAUGCAGCAGACUCUGACCUAGAAAAUGGCAAUUUAGCUAUGGUCAAGAUGAUGACAAAUCUCCGCUGUGCCAGAGAUCUGCAGGAAAUGAGAAUUAAAAAGAAAUACAGGCAAAAUAUUAGCUCACAGCCAGGCAGUCUUUACCUCAUUAAAACAUCUGCAAGAAAUAGAAUCUCUCUGAAAACUGCAGUAGAAGAGAAAUCUCCUAGUUUUUAUUCUAUGGAAGAGCUUUAUACAUACGGUGUUUCAGCGCAUUGCGUACACGUUAACAGCACAAAUGCAGAAUCUUUCGAGUUUCUCAUCAAAGAUUUUUUCAGUAAGGAGUAUUUAUUAGCUGGAAAUGGGAUGCAGCUUGCUGAUGGAGGAUGGCUGAUACCUACGGAUGAGGGAAAAGCUGGAAAAAAGGAGUUUUACAGAGCCCUUUGUGACACUCCUGGUGUGGAUCCCAAGCUAAUAACAGAGGCCUGGGUUUACAAUCACUAUAGGUGGAUCAUAUGGAAAUUGGCAGCCAUGGAAGUGUCUUUUCCAGACAAAUUUGCUAAUAGAUGUUUAACACCAGAAACUGUGCUGUUGCAGCUGAAAUAUAGGUAUGAUUUGGAAGUUGAUAAAAGUAAACGAUCAGCAAUCAAAAAGAUAACAGAGAGAGAUGAUGCGGCAGGUAAAACACUUGUACUGUGUAUUUCUAAAAUCAUAUCACUAAACACUGUCGUAUCUCCUAGCAGUAGCAAUAAGAAUGUGGAAAGUACAAAAGCAACAGCAAUAAUUGAAGUUACUGAUGGCUGGUAUGGCAUUCGAGCUCUUCUGGAUCCACCUCUCAAAGCUUUCUUACAUAGAAGAAGGCUGACUGUUGGUCAGAAGAUCAUAGUGCAAGGAGCAGAACUUGUUGGCCCUCAAAAUGGAUGCACACCACUGGAAGCUCCAGAUUCCCUCAUGUUAAAGAUUUCAGCGAACAGCACUAGAUGUGCACGAUGGCAUGCAAAACUAGGAUUUCAUCGGGAUCCCAGACCUUUUCCUUUGCCUUUGUCAUCACUUUACAGUGAGGGUGGUGCAGUGGGUUGCAUCGAUGUAGUUAUUCAAAGAACUUACCCUAUUCAGUGGGUGGAAAAGACAGCAGCUGGUUCUUAUGUGUUUCGUAAUAGCCGAGCUGAAGAAAGGGAAGCUGCCAAACAUGCAGAGGAUCAACAAAAGAAACUGGAAACUCUGUUUGCAAAAAUCCAAGCAGAGUAUGAAAAGCGUGAAGAGAGAACUAGCAGACGAACAUCAAGAUCUCGCAUAGUCACAAGACAGCAGAUCCAUAGUCUGCAAGAUGGUGCAGAACUUUAUGAAGCAAUUCAGAAUGCAUCUGAUCCUGGUUAUAUGGAGGGAUAUCUCAGUGAAGACCAAUUGAAAGCUUUGAAUGCUUACAGGCAGUUGAUGAAUGAUAGGAAGCAAACUCAAAUACAGGAAGAAUUCAAGAAGGCUUUAGAGUCAGCAGAACAGGAAGAAAAUGGUUGUUCCAAAAGAGAUGUGUCUACUGUGUGGAAGUUGUGUGUGGUAGACUACAAAAAGCAAGAAAAAUGUAAAGGAGUGAUACUGAGUAUCUGGCGUCCACUGGUAGAUGUUUGUUCGUUGUUAAAGGAAGGCAGUCGGUACAGAAUCUACCAGCUGUGCACAUCACAGUCCAAAAGAAGAUCAGACUCAACUAACAUACAGUUAACAGCAACAAAGAAAACUCAGUAUCUACAAUUACCCGUAUCACAGGAGAUGCUGAUACAGAUUUUCUCUCCAAGAAAGGUUCUAAAAUUCACCAGUCUGUCAGAUCCUUCUUUUCGGCCACCAUGUGCUGAAGUUGAUUUAGUUGGAGUUGUAGUUUCUAUUAGCAGAACAGGUUUCACUACUCUGGUGUACUUAGCUGAUGAAAGCUAUAAUUUGGUGGCAGUAAAGAUCUGGACGGAUCUUAAACAUUCUGCUAUUGAAGAUAUAGUUGUCCGCUGUUCAUUCUUUUCUGCAAGCAACCUACAGUGGAAAUCUGAAUUCAGAUCAGAAAUUCCUAUACUGUUGGCUGGAGAUCUUUCUGUAUUCUCAGCAAGUCCAAAGGAAGACUAUCUUCAGGAGAAGCUUAAUGAACUGAGAAGUACAAUAGAGAAUGUGGCCUCCUUUUGCUCUGAUGCAGAAAGUAAAUUGAGGAAUUUGCUACAAAGAAAUGUCUCACUUCCAGCCAGUUUAAGUAAAAGAUGUGGAUUGGAAUGCCCCUCUCCUUCCUGCAACUCAGCUCUUUAUGCAGAGGAUAAAAGUCUGAUCUCUUCUCCUAAAAUUGAAAUAAAGCAUCCAAGCCCUUUGUCAACUAGCACACCAAAUAUGAAACUUGUUGCGCAAGGGUCGGCAAAAACGCCUUCUUCAUCUGCUACAAUUAGUGAAGACCAUAUCAAAAACAGCAAAAAGAGAAAAGCGAUGGACUUCCUCAGCUGCAUACCUGCCCCUCCACCACUGACACCAAUCUGUUCAGUGAUUUCUCCAUCCUUAAAAAAAGCAUUUCAGCCUCCACGAAGUUUGGGUUUACAGCGUAGCAAGUCACCAAAAGAAACAAAUCAGAAUAUUGGUUAUAUCACCCCCUGUAGAAAACUGAGAGAAACUGUCCGUCUUCCUGAGAAUGACCUGGUUGCUGAUGAAGAACUUGCAAUGAUUAAUACACAAGCACUCAUUAAUAAUAUACCAGAAGAAAGGAAGAUUGGUUAUGUCAAUGAAAACCGCUGUACAAUGGCUACUAAUUUAUCUGAUGAUCUUUCACCCAAAAAUAGUUCCAGGUCUACUGGGGAAGCAAGUAGCUCAUCAAAAAGCAGUUCUGAAGUAGGUGAGACUCUUCAGAAGGACACACAGGAACCUGAGAGGUUGUUACCAGCCCACAGAAUGCUACGAAGACAAAAACCCCAAAAAGACUACUGAAUGUGCAUAUGUACAGUAUUGUAUAUAUUUCAAAUUCCAAUUAUUUUUGCACUUUGUACAUUAAGUCCUGAUUGUAUUUAAUAAAGCUAUGUUACAAAAACAAAGGCUCAUGAAACAACAUUUCACCUGCAAAAUGAUUUGGAGUAAUUAUACAUUUCUCACACAAAGGUACUGUCUAGUAGCAUCGUAUGGCUGAAGGUUUGGUGACAUUUUAUAAGCCACUGCUUUCAUUCUGGUGUAUUCUUAAAUUACAGCAGGAUCUUUGUUUCAGUCUAAAGCAAUCAGCUUUGAUACCUUUGUAGUAUUAAAAUAGUGUUUGACUGGCAGAAGUCAAGCAAAAUAAACAAUUUUCUAAGUUUAUCACUACCAAACAUAACACUUCAGUUCUGAAAUAUUGCUCUGUAAUUCUGCCAUAGUUCUUGAACAUUCCCCCUUAAACUUUCCAUACAGUGCUGAGUUUGAGAGAACAGCUAUGGUUAUUUGAUUUACAGCAAAAUGCCAUGCAAAGGUAUUAAUGACCCUGGGUUAGUCUUUCCGAGCUACUCCUUAAAGGAGCACUUGAGGCCACAGCAUCAUGAAAGAUCUUUCUUUGAUUUUGUCACAAGGUCUUUCUGCUGGGAGUGAGUUAGUACUUGAAUUCCUGUCUUUGCUCUCAUUAAUUGCAACAGGUGAAGCUUCUUAGAAUUGGAGGAAAAACAGUCCUGCUAGAUCAGCUGCCAAUUCCAUGUUUUAGGUUGUUGUCAGGCUGCCCUUUGCGCCAGGCAUGGGUCAAAGGAAGGAGGAGGUUUCAGAAGAGACCACCAGUUUCCACUCAGCAACUUUUCAGGGGUCCUGUGCCAUUUACUUGGCUCAAGUGCUGAACUGGGGGUGCCUCCUUUCACCAAGCGGGACAUCAUAGAAGGACUGGAGAACUGUAAUGGGCUGACUCCAGCUUGCUGAUAGUUCUGUAAACCUGUGCAGUACUGCAGAGCCAGGUUCCCUGGGCCCUCUAGUUUAAAAUUAUUUACAAUGAUACUUCUUUAAACACAGCUUGAGUAGAACAUGCAACUCACCUCAUGCAUCUACUGAGUCCUGAAGACAGUUUGGCUUUUGCCCAGAAACAGCGUGUUUCUUUAUACCUCUUCUAUUUCUGUCUGCUUUGUUGCUAGAUGAAUAGCAGCCAUACCCAUACUAGUUAAUGUCCAAUGUGUUUUCAUUUACUACUGCAAAAUAACUCAUUGCUGUCCUGUUCUACAAGCAGUGCCUAAUAAUCCACACCAGCUUUAAAAAAUUGCCAUCACAAGUGCUGUUUAAAACAUCACAGGCUUCUUGAUGAGGACAUAAUCAGCAGAAUUUAUCAACAUGGAUGGAACUACUACGGGAUAACUUCUUAUUCAUCAGUCAGUGGCUUCUCAGCACUUGGUGGUGGGAGUAUUUGAUUUUUUUUCUUCUUGCAAGAAUUUUUUUUUCCUUAGGUCAUUAUUUUGUACUUCUGAGUUCAGGUAUCAGCUACUCGGAGCUGCUCCUGUACCCUGUUCCUACUUAAGAAGUUAACAAGCGCCAGCCUAAUGCUCAUGUUUCCUUUUAGAAGCAUUUGUAUACAGGUUGAUCUCAGCAUCAGUUGAACUCCUGUGUCUUGUCAAGAUAAAGGGCUCAGUUUGGUGUGUUAGAAUAUUCCUUCCAGGCUGGAGGAGCUGUUUGGUAAGACCCACAUAAAUCCAGACAGCAGAGGUAGAGACAGGAACAGCAUCGAAUCUCACUAUGAUCCAUUAGAGCCACAUUUCCCACCAUUCGCUUUGUCUCUCUUAAAGCCAUCGGUAAUGCUGUAGGCAAGAGGGAGUGGGAAGAUAAAAAAGGUAAAUACAGCCAGAUAUAGAGUAUUAAAAUGGUAAGAAAUGACAACUGUAUGAGAAAAAAAUUGCCACAUGGCAUAAGAAAGAAUUUAGAACCAUAUCUUGUUAUUUAUUAGUGACAGAAUGUGUAGGAAAAAAAAACCCAAAACAAACCAAAAAAAGUGUGUCACAGCCAGUAAAUUUCACUGUAAGCUUGAAUGGAGGAAGAGGGAUGAGAGGGAGACUGUACUGGGCAUAGUGGUCUUAGAUCAGUGGUGUAGAAGCAGCUGCGAGAUCAUAACCCAGCGAUAUUUAAAGAUUCAUAAGAAAUAAAAUUUAGAAAUGUAGCAGAAAAAAUGCAAGAAUAAAAAUAGUUCAGAAGCAAAAGGUAAUACUAGAGACUUUUAUACUCGGAUAAUUAAAACUCACUGAGGAAUCUGCCUCUUCAGUUACAUGGGAUGUUGUUUGUACCUGUGACGCGAUGAGGUCUUAUUGAGAAGGCCUUAUUGAGAGCGGCUGGAACAGGCACCUAUGCCAUAAGCUGCAUUUGAUCCA